AUGAAUACGACAUCUUGGGGGUCGGUCAAUGCUACCGAUGGAUCGCUUGAUGAUAUAAUGCUAUCUAUGGCCACAGGCUCUACUUUCGAACAAAAUACGAUGCAUUCAACGGACGCCUCCGAAAUUGAAUACUUGGCCUGCCAAUUCAGUCAUACUUCCCAGAGCUACAUCACCAUUACCUGUUUCUGUAUAAUAUUCCUAUUAUCUGUACUCGGCAACUGUUUAGUAAUUGUUGUUAUUUCUACACAACGCGCAAUGCGAUCGAUCACCAAUAUCUAUUUGAUGAACCUAGCGGUUUCCGAUUUGCUAUUAUCUGUAGUUUGUAUGCCACCGACAUUAGUGAUUACUGUAAUGAACUGCUGGAUGUUUGGCGCGAUUAUGUGCAAACUAUUGGCCUAUCUGCAGCCUGUGGUUGUCACGGCGUCCGCCUACACAUUGGCUGUGAUUGCUAUCGAGCGCUAUUAUGCAAUUUGUCGGCCAUUACAUUCGAGGAUUUGGCAAACAAGAUCUCAUGCCUACUUUAUGAUUUCAUUGGUGUGGCUAAUUUCGAUUGUCUCAAAUGGCCUCGGGCUUUUCAUGUUUGAGCAAGGCACUUAUACACUUGAAGAUAACUUUGGAAAUAAGCUGCACGGACUAACCUGCGCAUCAAUUUACACCCCAUGGGCGCAUUUUAUCUAUCAGAUUUACAUGACGUUGGUACUUCUGAUGGUCCCAUUAAUUCUAAUGACAGUACUUUACGGACAGGUUAUUCGCUCACUACGAGUCGGAAUUCGUAUGGAUAUCGCAGCAACUGAAGGAAGCUUUGCCGAUAAUGACACGAGUGUCGAUGACGAGGGCUCACGCAAGGCUUCACUCAAUGGGAAAAGCCGACUCGACCGAGAAAACAAUAAUCAACCCGGGAAAUCAAAAUACGCAUACAACAAUGCAUCCAGAAUACCUCUCACCGCCCAAUCUGUUCGUAGUACGCAUACGCAAAAAAGCGCAGCAGCAAAAAGAAGAGUAGUGAAAAUGUUGAUCGUGAUCGUCAUUAUUUUCUUCUGCUGUUGGACACCAAGUUAUGUAUAUUGGUUAAUAAUUCAGGGCGCUGAUGCGCUAGCGACGGGUUUCCAAUUAUGGAAUCCAUUAGUAAAUACAGCAAUCACCAUCUUAUGCUAUUUGUCAUCCUGCACAAAUCCCAUAACUUAUUGUUUCUUGAAUAAGAAAUUCCGGACAGCCAUGCUAACGACAUUCGGGCGUAAAAAGCUGAUCCGGCAGCAUUUCCAAAAGGUUUACUUACCUAAUGGAAACGGAAACAUCUACCCACAUCCCGGCAAGAUGCUCAGGUCGAUGUCUUCGAACUUCAACCCAGCACAUGCCCUACUCGAUAGAGUACCAUUGAAAAGGAGUAAUUCGGAUGUGGAUUCAACUUUUGAGCCGCACAAACCAACCACCAGGAUAAUCAUCAAAGAUUUGAUGAUCUCCGGCCCAGAAACCCCUUGC